AUGGCUUCAGAAUCGGAUGGGGUGAAUCCAAGAAGUUCUAUUCAUGCUCAAUCACCAAUUUCAAAACAAUCUAUGUACACUAAAAAUAGUCUAAUGGAAGAUUUUAUACCGGUCUCGGAUUGUAUUGUAGAAUAUCACCAUAAAAGUAAGAUAACUGAACAUAGUUAUGAUGAAUGGCUAGAAAUAUUCGAGACUUCAAGUCUCUUCCGCGGCGAGGACAAGCUACUAUGGGGUUGGUUUUUAGCUUGUGUUUACAAAGAGCCAAGUACUGGCAAGGUAAGUUGUAUUUUUAUUGAUAAGCUAGGUGUAAUGCAAAUUGAGAACAUUGAUAUUUCCGAGAAAUCAAGAUUUUAUCCCGCCAUUGAGAAUCUGAGCUCAGAGUAUAGGGUUGAAGACGUAAGAAGAUGCCUUGCAGUGGGAUUGCUAAAGAAAUACACGGUGUUAAGCCCCGAUGUAAUUGAUAGGAUUAAUGAGAGCCCAGAAUAUGAAUAUGAUCAGACGACGGCUGGGGAUUUGGCAAAUGCGUGCGAGGAAUUGGAUGGCAGGAUGGCGAGGAAAUUAGCCGAAAGCUUGCUGCGUCUGGGUGUUCUGCAGUCUCGUAAGGUACAGUCUAUGAUGCUAGACGUUGUUUAUAAGAAUUCUCCAACUUCUAAUGAUGCGAAUAACAUGUUAGUAUAUCAAUUGGGCGAGCAAUUGGACCAGUUGUUUGAUCCAUUAACAGAAUAUUCACCGGAGCAUACGGAAACAAACUAUAGACCACCUGAAAAGAGUUUGAGUGUAAACGACGAUAAUAUGCUUAUAACAUCAAUUUGCGAAGAAUUACUGAGGGUUCAGACAAGUUUUACGCUCUCUUUGGUGGAAUUCUUGCAGAAAUUUCUAAUACCUUUGAGAAUUAGUGUCCUAAACAGUCAAAUAGAUGGCUUGACGACCGCCAGGCUGAAUAAACUGUUCCCACCUACCAUAGAUGAAGUUACUAGGAUUAACUGCAUAUAUUUGGACGCACUCAAAGCUGCUGUUGCCUUUGGAUCUUCAGAGGUACUAAGAGCUUGCAGUAUGACUAUUCCAUACUUUUAUAAAGCUUAUGCCAGACAUGAAGCUGCUACGAAACACUUUACAAAAGAUGUCAAAAUACUAAUGAGGAAAUUCGCUGAUAAUAUACCAGAGCCUAAUAUUUACACCGAAACAAGGUUAGACUCGUUGAUGCGUGGUCCACAAGAAAAAUUAAUGAAAUUGAAGCUGAUAUUGGACAGGUUGUAUGAAUCAAAGGAAUGGCCCACCAAGGAAACUAAAGAAGAGGCUUUGAAGCACUACACAUCCAUAUGUGAAGUUGUUGACGCUUUUGGACGGUCUGAGCCUGAUGAAGCAUCUUAUAAUAAUCGAGUGUUUACACCAUCUGGAAGGAUACUUACAGAAUUAGCUAAAGGAUGGCCUGCCGAAUUACAGUAUAGGUGGUUGAAAAGACGCGUUGUGGGAGUAUAUGACGUGGUACAUGCUAACAAUGAUGCCAAGAGAGACAUCUUGGUAAUAUUUAGUGAUUACAUUGUCUUCCUAAAUGUUCUAAACGCGGAUUCGUACUAUCUAACUGGUUCCAAUAAACCUCUACUUUCUGUUGUCUUAAUGAAUUCUUUAAUAAACGAAGUUCCAUUACCACCAAAAAUUCCACAGCUGCAUGUCAAGUUCCACUGCUAUAUUGAUGAAAUUUCAGCAUCAAUUUACAAUGAGAAUAUGAUUAGAUUUGACGUUAUAAAAACCGACCAGAACCCUAGGUUUUUUGCAUAUAAGUUUGCUUCUUCCUCUGCAGAUCCACGGAAUGUAGCUGACCUUUGUACAAAGGCGAAGAUUUUGGAAAAGAAUACCGCAUUCCAUCUUUUCAGGCAUGAUAUGAACUCUUUUAAACUGUACUCUACUGCACAUGAAAUUGACGCUUACAGAAAAGAAAACAUCAAAUCAAAAAUCACAUUAUUCUUAAACAUUUCACCUUCCACCACAUUAUUACAGCAGUUGGAAACCAAAUGCGGAUUAUUUGCUAAACUAAGGGACGAUAACUUUGUUGAAUUCACUAAGCUUCAACAUGGUAAAACCGCAUCAUGUUUAUUACACAUCGAGAAAAUUGUGCCUUAUAUUUUGAAAGAAAUUAAAGUAUUCUAUUCUCAUUACCUCUCUUCGAAGGACAAAAAACUUUUCUCAAAGUUAUUGUUGCAGAACGAGUGCUUAUUUUUAACCAUUGUUAGCGAUCAUAUUAGUAGCCUUCAAGCCAGAGAUGCAAAUAAUCAGAAGUCCUUGUUAGUUGACAAGGAUUCCGAUGCAUUAGAAAAUGAUGAAACUGCAGAAGACAAGUCUACUAUCGAGGAGAUAUUACGAAGAAAGGAAAAAGACCUAGAAGAUUCUGAUUCAAAGGACAAAUCGUCCUCUCUAGAAUCAGAUUAUAUGCUUCAAGAUACACAAUUGACACCACAUAAACAAAGGCCAAAGAUAACCGCUUUAUUUUAUAAACUAGUUGGGUUAUUCCAUAAGAAAAGAACGAAGUCUCGAACAAAAAUGACCAAUAAACAAAGCAGUAUGGAUAACAUUAAGCAACAUAGUACUAUUAAAGGCAGUGCAAAUGAAAAACGUUUUUCUUCGGUCAUCCGUCGUCCAGCAUCAGAACAAAGCCAAAAACUAAUAGUCGAAUCUGAUGAAAGCACGGAAAUUCGCGAGGUCCAUGGAUCUAUUACGGUGACUAAAGCCAAUGUUUUCGAAAACACAAGAGUUAGAUCUCAACAAGGCCGAGGCUUAACCGGCGCUUCAAAUGAUGGUCAUUCUCGUCCAACUAAAAGGGUAUCAAAUUUAUUUUCUGAUGAUUUAUAUGGGGAGCUGCUCUCGCCAAAACAGAGCAAGAACGUUGAUGAUAAUGGAACGAAUAGGACUUCUCAAUAUUUGAAAGAAAACAAGUCUGUUCGCACCCAAUCAGCAGUAACUAAUGAAAUAGCCAAUAACUUUGAUAACACUACAGAACGUUCACCACCCUCAACUUUCUCUGAGGACACUUUGCUACCUCCUCAAAACCCUAACUUUAGAUUUUCCAAGGUACAAUUUGGUAGGUCCCCUUCUUUUGUUGAAUUAUUUGGUAGCAUGAGAUUAGUGUUAGAUGAGGAAGAUGAAUGCGGAAACUGGAAGAGGAUACCUACAGAAAGAUCACUAAAUGAAAAGUAUCAAAUAAGACCUAUUUCUCGACUAGCGUCUUCUGUGGAAAAUAAUAAGGAUAGAAGAAGGUUUGAUAAGGAAAUAAAGCCAUACAAUCUGCGAUCAAUGGCCGAAAAAGACGAACAUGAGGAACUGCAAGUGGCUUCAACCCUUCAACCUGACAACAGCUUAAUAGCUUCAGAUAUUCCAUUGAAAAUGGCAAGAGACAAAAGUGCGGUUGGAGUUUCAACACCUGAAUCUGAACAUAACACAUCAGACGUAGAAACAGAACAAUCUCAAAUACUAAGUUCUGCUGAAAUCCAAUUAAGAAGUAAUCAACGCUCUCAAAAUAACCGUCAAGCAACGGUAAUUUCUGAGAAAAGAAGAUCAAAAUUUGUUGUGACAAAGACAUCUCCAGUCAAAAUGUUGAACAAAGAGGAAUUCCAUCAUAAAAUAUCUGAUACACGUAGUGUAGCAACUGAUGCGUCAAACAAUUCAAGUUUUAGAAAAGACACAACAAGGUUGGUUGAAUUAAGCAUAACGUCUCAAGAGGAUUUGUUUAGUUCAAAUUAUUUCACCCCUAUGGUUGAUCCCCAGGAUUGCGAUAGUACAGACGUAUACCGUAGUACAAGAAGUUCCAUUGAUGGGUUUAUUGAUACUCAAAUGGACAAUGCAACGUUACCUGCCAACGGUGAAGUAAGUGAUAUUAAUGAAGAAUCAACUGAGUGCAAUGAAGCCAAUGAGUCAAAUACAUCGACAAUUGCAAAAAAUAAUGACGAUGGUUCGCAAGGCAAUAAAGAGAUUCUGGACGAAUUAGAUUUUAGUACUUUCCACAUGAGUUUCAAUGGAACCGAAAAUACUAGUGUGGGAAUGUCAGAAGCAGAUACAGACCCUAGGACGGUAACAAUUGGCCAAACUGCAACGAAUUCAGAACAAAUCGUAGAACCUCUCUUUUACAAACUUCCCAACGAUUCAACAGAGUUAACACCUGGUACGUACGCGCAAUCUAAGCAAGGGAAGCAAAAUGAACAAUUUGAUUCAGAUGGCGAUGCUAUGUGGAUUUCGCCUAGCAAACUAGAUUAUUUCGAUAUUAGCAAAGUAUCUGACAGCAUGUAUCGAAACACAAUAGUACCACAAGCUCACAUUACGAAAGGAACAAGACUGGUCCGAGAUCCUUCAAUGAAAUUUAACAGUAAAUUUACAAGAGACACUUCCUACAGUUAUUUAGGACAUUAUAUUCAUGAUACCAGCGCAGCAUCAACUGAAGACAUGCGCGAGAGAACCCUUGAAAAGGACAGUAUCGAGGAUAAACCUCAAAGUUUGUCAUUCUAUUCUUAA